AUGUGCCGAGGCCGAGGCCUCACUUGCCUCACCCUGGCCCCAGCCCUGGCCCAGGCGCCCGGCCGGGGAAAACGAAACACCCUGAACUCCACCCCAAACCUGAACCGCUGCAGGCCCUGUUCGCACUGGGCGGGCUGCUUCUCCCCCGCAGGCCCUGGGCCCGGGGUCCCCCCUGAGCCGUCAGACCAGCCUCAGCUCCCCAGAGGAAGGCCGGGAGAGGCAGGGGACAGACCCUUCCUGGCCGGGCUGCCCCCUCGCCCCCUCCUCUCCGGCACCGCCCCCCCCCCCGCCUCCCGCCUGGUUCUUCCCAGCCUCGCUUCCUUUGUCUCCCUGCAGCCUCACAGCCCCUCAGGGGACCCGGCGGUGGAAUCCACAGACCAGAGGCACGGCCAGAUGCGGCCUCGCGGGCCCGACUGCCCGCCACCUGGGGAGAGCCACCUGGGGAAGGCCCCACCUCCUGCCCGCCAGCCCCGCCUGGCUCAGCUGCAGAUGCCGCCCCAGCCAGCAGAGGCCCUCCCGCGGGAAGGCCUCCAGCCCCUGCCCCUGCGGCCGCCACCUCUGUCCUUCCACAAAGCCACUACAUGGCCUCGGAGACCCGCCCUGCUCACCACCCCCACCAUUCGCUCAUUCGGGACAGGGAGGCCAGCUUCCACGGGCCACCUUUGGACGCCCACUGUGUCACCCGCACGGGCUCGUGUUUCCCCCUCUAACGGUGGAGUCAGUGGGACGCAGCCAGAGAGGGAGAGCACCGGGCGUGGAAACACCAGGGAGGACGUGGCGGCCACGCCGCCUGCCUGCCCUCGGCCUCUGGCCUCCACUGCCACCCGGUCCCCACCUGGCCAGUGA